AUGUCUAUAAAAAAUUUUUGUUGUGGUAUCGUCCAAUUUAUGGCAAUAAUGGCAUUAACUGUUAAUGUCCGGUUUUGGCCCAGUUGGGGCAACAGUCAUUCGCAUGGACUUGGCCCCACACCCAGUGAAGUGUCAAACGCCUUUUCAGUGACUAAGCUGGCAUCUGCUAAUGUUUUUAUUACGCAGAAACAACUAGAGACUGCUAAGGAGAAUUUAUUAAAUCAACAAAGAAUAGCUAUCGAAAAGCAAACACAAGCUUUAAUAUUGAAACAAACGUCUCAAGCAGCGAUGGCACGUGCAGCUGCUUAUGUUGCUGCGGCUGAAGUUCAAAAAACUGAAAAUGAAGCUGCCAAGCUUGACCACAUUACUCGAAAUGGUCAGCACAUUUUAUCUUUAUCGCCAGCAAGCAAUCAGUUGUCUAUAUCGUAUCUAGCACCGAUUCAUUUAAGUUCAUGGCUUAAUGGUCGGAGUCAUUUUCCUUAA